AUGAGAAUGAAAUUUGCAGCGGAAAAGUCAAUAAGUCUUUACGACGUGGAUGAUGAAAAGCAGGCCAAUAUUGUUACCAUAAAGGAAAAGGAGAAGGUCCUGAUCCUGUCCGCAGACGAGGAGAUUGCCCUAAACAAACAGAAUAUUGAAAACGAUGUAUAUUACGAUGCAAAGAAGGCAUUUUUGUUAGGAGGAAAGGAGAGGCUGGAGGAGAAGCUUGUAUCUCUUGAUCUGGAUGACGAGCAGAAGCUAAUCCUAUCAGACCUUAUAAUGAGUAAGGAAGUAAAAGAAUGA